UGCUAAUAAGAUCUAUGCUAGGGAGCUAGAGACCUAUCCAAAAAUAAAUUAUAUGCUUUGAGGUUAGGUUCAAACGAUAUUUUUAAUAUUGGUUUUAUGGGAUGUUAAUGUUGUUACGUGCUGUUUAUUAAUUUAAUAAAGAACGUGUUCUUUCCCACAAUUAGAUAUAUAAAUAUUUUAUGGUGUCAUAAUACUAUAAGGAAGCUUGUAUACAAACUUGUUUAUUAUGGGAAGAAAAACAGCAGCUAGUUUAGCGAAGAGUAAAAGAAAACGCCUUCAACGGAAAGAAGAACAACAUAAGCUUCUCCAAGCUAAGGCAGCUGUAGCACAAGCAAACUCUUUGGAGGAUCCAUUGGCCCCAUUUCCAGUUUUUCGCAAAUACAAUAAUAAUGGCAUUGAAGCCGAAUUAUUUAUUAAACGUUCAAUCAGUUUAGAUGACUCCAUUAUUCAAUGGGCAUUCAAUUUGACAAAAACAAAUUUAAAACUUAAAUAUGAACAGAGCUCAUUCGGAUGGAGUGACGAAAAGAAAAUGGAAGAAUUAUCUGACGAAAAGGCUUGGUACUUGAUAGCGAAAUCUGUAGAUGGUACCUUGUUGGGAUUUUCUCACUUUAGAUUUGAUAUCGAUGAAGGAUAUGAGGUUCUUUAUUGUUAUGAACUACAACUUGAAGCAGCUGUUCAGAGGAAAGGUUUGGGAAAAUUUAUGAUGCAAAUAUUAGAAUUAAUUGCCUUUAAAAACAAUAUGAGGAAAGUAGUAUUAACAGUUCUUAAGAAUAAUCCAUGUUCAGUUUUUUUUAAAGUAAUGAAUUACGAUUUAGACGAGUCCUCGCCACAAGACGGUGAAGAAGAAUCUUAUUCAUACGAGAUUUUAAGUAAAGUGAAUAAAAGAUUAGCUCAUGCCACAGCAUUGUCUGUAGAUAAUGGGAAAAAAUUAAAUGAACACUGUUGCUGUAAUCAUUUUGAUCAUGAACAUUGAUUAUUUUAAAUAAAAUAUUUGUUUAUAACUAACAUGCAAGUUUUUAAUAUAAUU